AAGAACAGUAGCUUCAGCAUCCCACUCUACCCCAAGAUGUUCCAUCUUCACCGCAUAACUACAAAAACAACCUGGUUCCUGGUUAUACUGCAUCUAUUACUCCUGCUUGCUGCCCUGAUAGGCAAUCUAAACCAACGUCAUCUCCUUACCCUUACCGGAGCUGUUUGAAGAGAACAAUCCGCUUUUUUUUCUCUUAUUUGCCAAUUUAUUCCAUCUGAAUUGAAUCUUUGCUCUGUUGAAGGACCGAAAGGAUUUGGGACAUCUAAGGGCGGCCUUCGUGUUAAAAACCAGAUAAUCCCCGGAGGUGCAUCCCCCAUAGACCCGCGAUCAAACCACCAUGUCCAGUAUCUUUACCUACAACCCGUCCCCGCCGAAGCCGGCAUCCCCGUGGACGAGCUCGCCGUCCACAACGCCGCAACCCUCCUCCGAUGACCCAGAACAGGUCAUGACCGAUGUCCCGGGCCAUCUCAAAACGUCGUCCUCGCGCUGCCGUAGCGGCUUGGUCGUGAACGGGGACAGUGGGGAAGCGAUGACCGAGGAUGGCGAGUCGGUUCAUGGCCUUGCCGCAGAACCGCAGAUCGGCCCGACCGAGUACAAGCUCAGUCUGGUGAGAGGUGGGAAGAGUGAGGGCCGCUUGGAGCAAUUGACUACCCAGCUGCUGUGGCGAUUACAGCAGAGUACUUCAUACCACGGAACUAGCCUUGCAUCGAAGUCACCCGAGGCCAUCAGCUCGCUCCUUCAGGAAUCGAAAGGUGCGCUCUACGAGAUCGGAAUCGCGGACGACGGCACAUUCAUCGGACUAGAAGAGGAAGAGCUGGAGGCAUCACUCGACGUGCUGCGCACCAUGGCCGAAAAGCUCGGAACCAGCGUUACCGUAACACGGAAAGUCUUUGUCAAGACGGUGGAACAAAGGGAUGUCGACCAUGCAAAGUUUAAACUGGCGGAGCAUUUGAUCGCGCGAGCGCGUGGGAAGGCUAAGAAUGGGAGGGGGAAAAACUUCAAAGAAGUCCCGGACCUGGCGCAUUAUGAGGUCGACCCUGCCGAUGCCGAGAAGUUCCACAUUCCGAAAUUGGGGGCGAGGCUGUGGGUCGCGGAAGCACUCAUCAAACCCUAUGAUGGGACCAAUAGAAUGGAUGCUACUUCGGGUGGGGAUUCACGGCCGGCCGAAUCGAAUCAUACCGAGCAACUGAGGAUUUCGCUGACGGGAUCCACUACCUGCGGGAAAAGUACCCUGUUGGGCACCCUGACUACCGGGGAUCUGGAUAAUGGGCGUGGAAAGAGCCGGCUUUCUUUACUCAGACACAGGCAUGAAUUGGUUACCGGUGUUACCUCUUCGGUUGCCUGGGAGAUUGUAGGAUACAAACCGGAAGGUUCGAUACCGCCGAGCGACGAGGAUGCAGACUGCGGAUUCUUCGGGGGUGCGGAACCAGAGCCUGACGAUGAUGGCGCAUCAAGGGUGGUCAAUUACGCUACCGGGAAUAUCUCCUCAUGGACUGAUAUUCAUGGUGCGGCCGAGGGUGGAAGAAUUGUCUUCAUGUCGGAUUCCGCUGGACAACUCAAGUAUCGUCGGACUACAGUUCGCUCCUUGGUUGGAUGGGCGCCUCACUAUGCCGCCAUUAUCAUUCCUGCGAACGACUGCGAGAGCGAAGACGGCACCCCCGGGCUUAGCGAUGCCAGUCGUAUCCACAUGGAGCUAUGCAUUAAACUUGAUCUUCCACUCAUCGUCAUCUUCACCAAGAUGGAUAUCGCGUCCAAGACUGGGUUGAGGGCAGUACUGUCAAGCGUUCUGAGCACACUAAAGGCAUCCGGAAAGAGGCCGCUUAUGGUCCAGAAGUCUGCAAAGAUUAUGGAUACCUGCACAGCGGUUGCGGCAGAGCCUGACGUUGCGGUUCCCAUCGUGUUUACUAGCUCAGUGAAAGGUGAUGGUAUCAAUCUGGUCCAUGACCUGCUGAUGAACCUGCCUAUGCCCAAGCCUCCGGUACUUCCGUGCGCCGAUGAUGCAGUCCGUCCGCUGCCGAAUACCAGUCUUACCGGAGUCAUGAAGGGGAUUGAAGAUCUGGCCAUCACCGGAAGCGGCAGAAACAUCGAGGCUAGCGCCGAAGACGACGAGUUUGAAGGGGACCCUGAGUUGACGACCCUGUUCCAUGUCGAGGAGGUCUACGGAAUGAAGCCAUCCACCGAUUCAGACCAGAAAAUCGGCGGAUCAGUAGUUAGUGGCCACGUCCGCUACGGCAAGGUCUCCAUCGGAGAUAAACUCGUCGUUGGUCCGUUCUACUCCGGCGUCGAAACCCAUCGGUCUCGUAGCGCGACACCGACUCCAAUAGCGACUCCAACAGUGCUAGGCUCCUCAUUGCUAUCGGUGUCUGCCGGCCGUGGCCACGGAAGUCUCCUUUCCCGCUCCCCCGAGAGCGGCGAUGAAAGUGCUGGCCGCAGCCCACCCGGCAGUCGCGGACGGAGACGAUACGACAUCGAAGAAGACGAAUGGCGGCUCGUGCGCGUGGUCUCCGUACGGCGCCUGCGCCUUCCCGUAACGACACUCUUCGUUACGGAAGCGGGCACUAUUGGCGUAAUCCCUAUCGACGAGGAGGAGCAAGAAUCCGCCUCCGAUCCUGACACUCUCAUAACCAUAACUGCCGCCGACCCAUCCCCUGUCACACAGCCAAUCGACAUCUGCCGUCGCGGCUCUCCAUUCAAGGCCGUCACCUUCGCCUCCCCACCGCAAGAGAAGGAGCCCGAAGAACUGCGGCUGCGAAAAGGAAACGUCAUCCUCAACCGCUCCCAUCCCGGGAAAUCCCCGUGGAUGAAAUCGUACACCGGCUUUUCCGCGGAACUCGACGACAACGACACUGCCGCUAUGAGUAUCGCCGUCGGGAUAGAUGUGAUAGUGUACAUUGCCUCCGUGCGCGCGGUAGCACGUGUCGUCUCCGUCGACCCGCCGCCAAUACACCAUCUCCCUCCCGCUACCGAGAAGGUGGAUAUGUUUGGCUUCGACGAUGAUGGUAAUGACGAUGAGAUUGCUGGUGGACACGCGGUGAGACGGUUUGGCUUUGAGUUGGCAGGUGCCGAGUGGAUUGAAAUGGGCGCAAAGGUGCUGGUUAUGAAGAAUCGGACCGGAGGUGGCGGCAAUGGGAUGGAGGUUUUUGUGGGGAAGGUUGUUGAGCGGAGAGAGGGGUCGGUGUAGUGGGGGGAAGUUCUUUUGGCGGUUAGUUUUGGACCGUU